AUGCUGGCAGGCUCAGUAUCCCACUCUCCGCGUCCUCGUCCUCCCGCAAGGUCGAGACGCAUCGCUGCAAAGUCGUCCCCUCCUCCCCCCUACCGUGCGCAGCCUCCGUCUGACGAGGGGACUUGCCGGAGUGAGGUAUUCACGGCCGAGUCCAGGAGCAAGGACUGCGACAAGCUUGCUCUCUCGGCCCAGUCGGAUCAAUGGGACCACCGAUCGCGUGAAGGGUUGUCCAAUCUGCUCACCAAGGCUGAUGAGCUCAUCAGGGACCGGGAACAGGAGUUAAACGCUACGAGUACCGCAUGCAAAACUCUUUACGGGCAUAAUCUUGAAUUGAAGAACAGGCAUAGAGCACUCCUAGCUAGGCUACCUUUGUCACCGGCCGCCUCAUUAUCAACGAGAAAGCCAUCGUCGCCUUCGCCAACGUUCCCUGACACUCAGCUCCCACAGUCUCCCCAUUAUUACAGCGACACGUCGCGCUCGUCAUCUAGAACUAGCUUCCGUGCGUCUUUACCCUUGCAUCGCCGUCAUAUCUCGGUAUCCCCCUCCGACCUGGAGCUUCUGUCCGAAGAGAAUGCACAACUUUUGGCCAAGCUCGAGAAACUGGAAGCAGAAUCUAUCCAGGCCGAUCAAGCCGGGCGGAAGAAGCUCCGGGGUUUGGAAAAGGAGAUACAGGGCCUCCGAGAGGAGCUCGAAAGGACACGCGCAAAGAGUGAUGAACUCGAGGCCAAGGCGAGAGCUGCUAGUGUACAGCGGGACGAGGAGUCGUUGAAGAAGAGACGUGAAAGGGAGGAGAGGGUCCGCGCCCUACGUGAAAAAUCAGUGCAUGAAUCAGACGAUGUCCCCGACUUUGCCCCCGGCAACCCUCUCGGCCUGGGACGCCACUCGAAGCCACACCUCAAGAAGACACUGUGUCUGGACUUUCGCGGAAGCUUUCAUUGCGGGGGGUCGUCAGACGAUCAGCUUCCCAACCCAGGUCUGCUUGGCCUCCCAGACAUAUACAAUGAUGUGGAGGCUCCUACAGAACACGCUCUGAUCUCCCAGCUACUUUCGAAGAUAAGGGAACUUGAGGAGACCAACGCCCAGAUAAUAGACCAGCAGGCCAAGACAACUGUUCAGCUCCAGUCAGUACAGAAGGACGCUGACAGUAUUCGUCUUGCAUACGAGAGCUUGAGUGAUGCCGAGAGCGUCCAGUGGAUUACUGAGAGUGAAGAAUGCGACGAGCGUCCCGAACCGGAGGAAGCAGACGAGACGGUGCGGUUUUCGAGCCUACGUCGUUCCCUUUCCACGGGUUCCCCCAGCGACUCCGUCGACGACAUUGAACCCAACUUUCAGAGUGAUUUAUCUCUCGCUUCCGACCCGGUUUAUACUGACCGGGGGGAUUUUAAUACUCGAACUCGUAAAUCAGUCGUUGGUCUCUUUGAUUCGUCCGCCUCUGCAAGUUCGGUCUCCACGCCCACUCAUCAUAAUACGCCUUCUGUCCAUUCACUCACAAUUCCUGGCCUUCCCCCGGUUCCAUUUGUUCCCCAACCCUCGAGGACGUCAUCCCGAUCACCUUCGCCAAUUCGGAUCGACAGCUUGUCUGGCGCCACGUCCCCUGCUUAUGGGGAUGUGCCGAACCAUCCUACCCUUGAUUGCGAGCUCGGGGCAGCUCGCCAUGAUAACUGGGACGGUAACCAAGACAGCCAUCACUUUAUGACGCCGAGUCUCAUUGGUUUCGGGACGCUCCACUCUCAAUGCUUGACUCCACAUUGCCUCGGGUCCUUGUCCGUUAUCAGCAUGUCAUCCGACAUCCCCCAUGCAGCACCUGGACUCGCAGCGAGGCCACUCGCAGUCUUCACGUCUGCGAUCCAGUCAUCCCCGGGAAGUACUAGACUCCGCCCGAGCACCUGGCGGGGUUACCAGACCAAGUCCGAGACAGCCGCAGAAAGGAAGCGUAGGCAGCUAGAGUCCAUUCGCAUGCGCACGUAUCAUUGGAACCAAAGCCGAUUUGGAGGUACUCUUCUCCCCUCUGCGAAUCGCCAGGGCGCAGAGCUCAGCCCACCGUCGACGCCAGUUCCUGAACGGCUUUCCAGCGCGUUUGACGCUGUCGUUGGUACUAUCGGCCGGAGCAGCAGCCAGAGCAGUGGUGCGUCGCCGGAUGAUGCGCCGCGUGCCACAGCAGAAGAAUCCGCGCAUUCGCGAACGAUGACACAGACGGCUCAGCGUGCGCAACACCGGGGGAUUGUUGCUUUCGUGCUGGAAGUGUGGCUUUGGCUGCAGUUCGUGAUUAUUAUCGUCGUCUUCGUUUGGGCGAUGGCGAAACGCGGCCCGAAGAGUGUGCUGGAGGGUACUGGCAGAAAGAACAGAGGAUGA